AUGGCGUCGAGUCAGGGAGGUGUGGGAGCUGUACCGGCUCUUUCAAACCAUCACUUAUCCAACGGACCUCACUGGAACCCGGGGAUCAACCAGCAUCAGCAUCAUCUCCACACGACCCGGAGCCUAGACCGCGCUCUGGAGGAUUCCGUGUGCUCAGGAACGUUGAAUCUUAGCGGGAGGAAGCUGAGAGACUACCCUGGAUUGAGCUAUGAUCUUACUGAUACAACACAGGCAGAUCUGUCAAAGAACAGGCUCACAGAGAUCCCUCCAGAGGUGUGUCUGUUCGCCCCCCUUGAGUCGCUCAACCUCUACCACAACUGCAUCAAAUGCAUACCUGAAGCCAUCAUCAACUUGCAGAUGUUGACCUAUCUAAACAUAAGCCGGAACCUUCUCUCAACAUUGCCAAAAUACCUGUUCAACCUCCCUCUCAAAGUGCUGGUGGUGAGCAACAACAAGCUACUGUCUGUCCCAGAGGAGAUUGGGAAGGCCAAAGAACUGAUGGAACUGGACAUCAGCUGUAAUGAGAUCCAGGUGCUGCCCCCUCAGGUGGGGAGGCUCCGUUCAUUACGGGAACUCAACAUCAGGAGGAACUGUCUUCACAUGCUGCCUGAGGAGCUGGCUGACCUGCCACUCAUCAGACUGGACUUCUCCUGCAAUAAGAUCACAGAGAUCCCUCCUGUCUACAGGAGACUCAGGCAGCUGCAGCACAUCAUCCUCGACAACAACCCUAUGCAGUCCCCACCUGCACAGAUCUGCCUGAAGGGCAAGGUGCACAUCUUUAAGUACCUGAACAUCCAGGCUUGUAGGAUGGAUAAGAAGCCUGACUCUCUGGACCUCCCUUCUCUGGGCAAACGCUGCCUUCCCCAGCCUCUCACAGACAGCAUGGAGGAUUUUUACCCCAGUAAGAACCAUGCUCCUGACUCUGGUAUCGGCAGUGACAACGGGGAUAAAAGACUGUCUGCGACAGAGCCCUCUGACGAUGAUAUCAUCAGCCUGCACUCUCAGGUCUCAGAGACGGCUCGCGCCGACGCCCUCUCUCUCCUCUCCAAGAUGGACUCAGGCAAAGAUCAGGUCCCCUUUGACUUCAUCGAGCCCAACGCAGAGGAAGAUGCUGCCCUGUCAGACGGGCAGCAGAGUGGACCCUACAUCUCAUGUAUAAAGGAAUUGGAGAAGGUUCUUAACAAGUCACACCAAAGCAAAGAUAAGGAGAACUGGAAAGAGGAGUCUGGCUCUGAAAAAAAUCAGCUAGUUGAGGAGGAUGAGGAUGAGCUGAAGGAAGUGCUGGACCUGAGGAAGAUCGCUGUCCAGCUCCUGCAGCAGGAGCAACAGAACAGGUUCCUCAGUCACUCUGGCAGCUCCAGCAGCAAACAGAGGUCCCCCUGCCAGGCCAUCCGCAGUGCCUCCCUGGAUGAAGGGAGCAGUGGACCGUCAGUGCUGAGUGGGCAGGACCCUGACUUCACAGACGAUGACACAGCUUUCUCUGAGCCGUCCUCUUCCUGCUCUUUCGAUGGCAGUCUAAAGUCAGAGUCUGACACAGAGUCAAAAUGGCCAGAGGUUCCACCCGUACUCAACCAGAACGAGGAGCGCAGGAGGAACAAGUAUCUGAGGAAAGAUUAUCUAAAGUACAAGUCCCAGAGUGCCCGAAGAAACUCCAGUGGGAAUGACGAGUGUGAGGAGGGGAUGAGGAAUGCUGAUUUCAGCAGCACCCUCACAGUGUUUGGUCUGAAGCCAAGAUCAGCGUUCUGUCGAAGCAGCCGUCAAGAGUCGUCAGACCCCAGUUUCACCAUGAGGAGGAAGAUGGAACACCUGAGAGAGGAGAUGGAGCAGAUUGGCGUCCUACGGCAGAACCUGGAGUCCAGACUAAAGGUCUUGCUGCCAGACGAUGUCGGAGCUGCUCUGAUGGAUGGCGUUGUCCUGUGCCAUCUGGCCAAUCACAUUCGUCCUCGGUCAGUGGCCAGCAUCCAUGUACCCUCCCCAGCAGUGCCAAAGCUUAGCAUGGCCAAGUGCCGCAGGAAUGUCGAGAACUUCCUGGAUGCCUGUAAGAAGCUGGGCGUGUCACAGGACAAGCUGUGUUUACCCCACCAUAUCCUAGAGGAGCGUGGGCUGGUGAAGGUGGGUAUGACCGUGCAGGCUCUACUGGAGCUGCCGGCCUCCAAGCCCACCCAGCUGUCUGCUGUCUAACAGCAGCCUGGACACUGCCUCAACCACCCGCCCAGUCCAGCCCUCCACAACCCAGCCCUUCACCCCACAGAGGAGGGGGCUUCCAGCCUGCUUCGCUCAUCACCGGGGACCAGGGACCCCUUAGGCGGCGAGGGCUGGGGACUGCAGGGAGUCCAUUGCCAGCUGACUGAGCCAAGAGAGGGAGGGGUUAACUCAGAUCCUCCCGCCCUUCCUAUAUGAUGUCAGCUGGGACCCACCUCCCAUUCAUCGGAUUGUUAGCUACUGUCAUGUCCUCCCCCAGGGGACCCUACUGUGCUGUGUGUGUAGAGUACCAGUGUGGCUGUCUGUGUGACCUGCACAGUGUGGACUUUAUGAGAGCUGGUGAACCCAAAGCCAGAUCAGAGGUCAGACUAAGGAAUGAAUCACAGUGAAGAUGAAGACCUGUCUGUCCCCAUGGUGAUAUUGACUGGCCCAUGCUCAGACACUUUUGAACCUAGUGGUGCGAACACUGAAUUCACUGGGUUUUCAACACAGUAUUGAAGACAUUGGUAGUGAAGUGAUAGCAGAUUUAAAGGCAUGUACUCACUCUUUCACUCAGAGAACUGAACUGCAUGCUGGCCGAAGCAGCCACACCACAUCACUCAAGUGGUCCUGACACCCUGACUUUUCUUUUUGGAACAAAUUAGCUUUCAAAGGGGAUAUAUUUGUAAAGAUCAUUGUGUUAUAUCACAAUAUACCUCUGAUAUCCCAGAGGUAAAGCUUGGGACAUCCUAAGUGGUGCUUUACCUCAGAGGAGCCAGCAGUAGCCAAGCACUGGUAUACACACUUCUUACAGUCUGCAUUUGAGAAUAAUUAUUGUACUACCAAUAACAGUGCCAUUUGAGGGAAGAAUGCUAAGCUUACUUUUAAAAGCAUGCUAUCCAUGAUUCCGAUUUUCUACUGCAGCACAUCUGUGGUGAAGGGAGGCAGCUCUGAGGUACUUCAGAUGUGGUAUUAGUAGCUCACCCCUGUACGGUAUACGAGAGAGCCAUCCCACUGCCACGGGACCUUCUCUCAAAUGCAGACCUAGAGACCUGGCUACUGUGAAUGCAUGUAGCUUUGAUCAUACCACGUGUGCUUAUUUGAAUAGGACUUGUUGAAAGCACAUGGUUAUUUAGUUAGGAUAUUGUAUUAUAUACACUUAUAAUGCUGAGAUUGUAUCUUUUGGUAAUUUGAUGCAGUGAAACAGUUCUUUUUUAAUGUUGACAUAUUUAAUCUUUACAUUUAUAACUUGCUCCUCUAGUUGGAUUCACAACUGCAAAACGUAAAAUAAGGAACACAACAUAAACAAUGAGGAAAUCCCAUAGAUCAUCGUUCAUCACUCCAGUCCUCCAGUUCCACAACAGUACAUAUUUUUGUUGUAACCCUGGACAAACACACCUGAUUCAACUCAUCAACUAAUCAGCAAGCCCUCAAUGAGUUGAAUCAGGUGAUUAGUCUUAGACUACAACAAAAAGAUGUACUGUUGAGGGUACUUGAGGACUGGAGUUGGGAAGCACUGCCAUAGAUGAAUCCCAACCACUGAACUAUUUUAAUCAGGAAAAUUAUUUAUCUAUUUAUUUUUUUCUAUUUAUAUGCUUUGUUUGUUUGUUUUUCACCCCUGAUGACCCCUUAAGUUAUGUGAUAGGAGUUUGCAGCUCCAAACUGGUGAUAUUUUCCUGCUUUAAGCUUUGGUGUUUGCUUUGGUGUUUGUUCUUGGCCACAGUUUGCAUGUUCAUUGCCUCAAAAAGCCUGUUUCAAUUAACCUCACAUUGCAGGAAAUCUGAACAAUUGUUCCAGAUGCAGUUUCACUUAAAGGAGUUUCAUUUUGUUUCCAUCCGUAAA